AUGCUUCCUCACAUAGUGAUUCGAAUUAACGGCUGCAUUCAAGGCCUGACCGCUUUGCCUUGGGAUAUUCCUGAACAGCUUUUUUUCAAAGCGUUGUCGUCCAUUUCACCUUCCAUUGAAUUUGCUCCUAAUGCUUCAACAUCAAAGUCGACUACUGCAGCAGUGGGGAAGGCUCCAAAAAAUGUGAGGCUUGGGGAGGGAUCCUUUAAGAAGGUGAAUAGACAUACCUUCGAUCUAAAGAAAAAGUUUCAAAUUCUGGAAUUUGACCAUUUCACAAGAAGAAGUCAGUAUGCACCGCAAUUGAUGUUAACGUCAAUUUUGGUAUUAAAUACUGCAAUGGGAGCAGAUUACGACUUUUCGGAUUGA